AUGUCGACACCGCGCGUUGAGGACCCGACGCCAGCUCCGGCGGCGCCUGUGCAGCCCCAGAGCCACGGUAACCCGGAACCAGUCGCCACAUCGGCCCCCGCUGUGUCUGCGGAGUCCUUCGCGCCCUCCGCCGCCUUAAACGGAGCUCUGGAGGCGACGCAACAAACAGUCUUGCCGACCGCCCAGCCAGAGGCGUCCGCUGCGCCGUCCGAGGCCGCCGAAGCCUCUACGGAACCAGUGAAGAAGGGCAAAGGCGUCGGCAAACGACUCACCGACCGACAGCGCGUGGAGAUCCUAGAGCUCAUUGACAAGUCGGGCGGCAGCCUGUCGAACGCCGAGAUCGCGAGACGCUACGGCAUCACGCGCGCCGCGAUCCAGAAGCUCAAACUCAAGGGCGCCGAGGUGCGAGCGCGGUACCGCUACGGCAGCGCCGAAACCAGAGAUGGCCGCAAACGCGGAGGCCACGUGAUGAGUGUGCCGUUCGAGCGCGAGUUGUUCGAGUGGGUCCGCGGACUCAAGGCGCGGAAAGUGCCCGUCCCGCCGUCGCUUGUCAAGGAGAAGGCCAAGUUGCUCGUGCCCAAGUACGGGCUCGGCAACUUCCAGGCGUCCAACGGAUGGUACUACAACUUCUGCCGGCGAUUUAACUUGACCACGGGCGGGUUGGUGGAGGAGAGAGACGCUCUACCGGAGGGCGAUGAUCGAAAUCAAUCCAAGAGUGAUCGCAUGCUGGCUUUGUUGGAGCAGCAGAACGCCCUGCUCGAGCGCCAGAACAGCAUGAUCGAAGAGCAGGCGGAGACUAUCAAGAAGCUGUUCGUGGUGGUUACCAAGGGGGGAACAGCACUCUAG